AUGAAGCAAUCAAGAAAAGCUGCCAAAGUCGCCUAUCAAGGUUUGAAGGAGCUGGUUAAGUUUGGAAAGUUUGCUGAAGUUGAAAACACUCCUGCUACUAGUUCCAUCAAUGCUGAGGUUGUCGAGGAACACAUGACACCUAAGUCAAAAUUUCCAUUUGCAUUUGAAGAGGUUGAAAUAUCCGAUGAUGAAGAAGAAGAGGUUCAAGAAAAUAAUAUGACUGCGAAUGAGCUUGAAGAUUUUCUACAAUGUAUCUCAAUCCCUGAAGAGGAUGUAAAUGUCACACCUUCUGUUGUGACUGAAAGAGACCGUGAUUCAACUGUGCAGUUUUAUUCACCUACCCCUGAACAGAUGGAUGCUCUUAUUACUGAACUUCAGCAAACUGCGAGGAAGCCUCCCCAAACAGUUCCUGUUACAACUGAACCUCCAUCUGAGAGUGAUCAAGAAGAUUAA